ACCGAACUGGACCCGCUGUCAAACUUACAAAGUUCCUCCAGAAACAGACAACUGUCGGUUCAGGUUCCGCCUCCGACGUUCGCUUUAAGAGCGCAGCGUGAUGACGUCACUUCCUUGUUUGUCUGCCGCUGCCCACCCCGCCCACAGCUGUGAUUAUUGUGUCAGAUAGUGAAACGCGGUCCGGGUUUUGUCCACUAAAACGUCCACAUUUGGACUAACUGUUUGGGACGGAGACUGGGGGGUGGUCUGGAGCGGGUGUGAGAGGAGCCCGGUCCGGUUUGGAGCGGGUGUAAUCCGGGUUGGAGCGGGUUUUGCUGCCGGUCUGGACCGUUGGGGAAACGAGAAGGAGGGAAAGUUUGCUUCAGCUUCGGUUAACGUCCCUGCAGUGGCGGCCGUCAUGUUCAGGUAGAGACAGGCUCCACGGCGCCCACCAUGCGGAAGCACCUGGAGAGGAUCCGUUUCCGGGGCCAGAGACGGGAAGAGUUCCUGGAUCUGGCCGAUUCGCCCAACACGUCCGACACAGAAUGCACUGACGAGGUCGUGAUCAAACCUCGCCUCACCACCAGAGAUUCGGAGGAGCUGAGGGAUGCGGAGGGAGAGCAGCAGAGUGACGCUUCGGCUGGUCCAGGAUCAUUUUCUGCAGCUAUCCAAGAUGACCCGAGGACAGACCUUAAUGAGGUCAAAGGUCACCUAGAAAUCGCCUUGUUAGAGAAACACUUCUUACAGGAGGAGCUGAGAAAACUUAAAGAGGAGUCCAACAUGGAUUCACUGAGACAGGAGCUGGAGAGGGAGCGCAGCAGGUGCCUCGAGCUGGAGCAGAAGAUCAACGACGUCCUGAAACCCAGACCUGAAGACUCACCUUCUCAGACACCUAAACCCCCGACCCCCCCUCCACCUGCAGUCGCCAGUACAGACAAACAGAAGGACACUUUGUCUGACAGCUUCCUGAAGUGGCUUUAUGAUCGUUUUGGUGUUUAUAUCGAGGACUUCCGCUUCCAACCGGAGGAGCAGACGGUUGAGACGGAGGAGCCGCUGAGUGCCAAGAGGUUGACUGAAAACAUGAGACGACUCAAACGAGGAUUCAAACCUGUGACCAACUUUAAGAGGAACCUUUCUGCCUUAUCCAGCUGGUACUCGGUCUACACGUCGGCCAUCGCCUUCAUUAUCUACAUGUAUGCAACGUGGCACGGCUGGGCCGUCCCCAUGUUCCUGUUCCUCGCCAUCCUCCGCCUCUCCUUAAAUUACCUCAUCGCCAGAGGCUGGAGGAUCCAGUGGAGCAUCGUACCUGAAGUCUCAGAGCCAAUGGAGCCUCCCAAAGAAGACCUGACGGUGUCGGAGAAGUUCCAGCUGGUUCUGGACGUUGCUCAGAAAGCUCAGAAUCUGUUUGGAAAGAUGGCGAACAUCCUGGAGAAGAUAAAGAAUCUAUUCAUGUGGGUUGAACCAGAGUUGACUCAGAAGCUGUACAUUGGUCUGUGGCUGGCCUUCAUCUCCUCCUGCCUGCUGCCGUACCAACUCCUGGGAUUCAUCAUAGGUGUAUAUGCAGGUAUAAAGUUCUUCGUCAUCAACUUCAUCUUUAGUAGAUGUCCCAAGCUGAAGGAGCGCUACGACACCCCUUACAUCAUCUGGACCAAUUUACCCACCGACCUGCAGCUGAAGGAGCGCGGCAACACCACACUGAGCAGAAGGGUUACCAUGACGGCUGGCCGAGGCAGUGUCGCCACCGCGGCUCCUCUGGGUGUCAGCCGGGACGAGGACGGAGGACGAUACUACAGCACCAAGAGAGGGGCUUUUCAUGAAGUCUUCAACCUGCCGGAGAGCGAGCGGCCUCUGUCAGUGUGUGAGAACGGCUGGCGCUGCUGCCUCAUCAACAGAGACAGGAGGACACCGACAGACUACAUCCGUAAUGGAGUCCUCUACGUCACUGAGAAUCAUCUGUGUUUCGAGAGCUCCAGCUCCAGAUCUGGAUCCUCCAAGAGGAACAAAGUCAUCAAGCUGCUCGACAUCACCGACAUCCAGAAGUACAAAGUUUUGUCUGUGCUGCCUGGAUCUGGGAUGGGCAUCUCCAUAGCAACGCCAUCCACCCAAAAGCCGAUGGUGUUCGGCGCGAUGAUCCACAGAGACGAGGCCUUCGACGCCAUCUUCAAUCAGUACAUGAAGAUCGUUGCCAUGGCUGCAGCCACAGAGCCGGAGACAUAGUAACACCUUCACAAGAGGGCUGCAUUCACAGACACAAACAUUGGAACUGUUUCACUGUGUUCACCAAACAGCUGCUGACUCCAGUUUGAGCUGCUCUCAACAAACGAAAUGAUCCGGUGACACUGAUUAAUAUUACAUCAGCCGACUUCCAACAAAUCAGGCAGAAUCAGGCGGUAACCAGUUACUGCUCUUAGACUGUUUAAUAGAAAGUUCCUACAAAACAGACGACCUCAUGUCCUGAGGUAUAACUUAACGUAAAUGCUCAAGUUAAUGGCUGUUAUUUAAAACUCAAAUAAUCGCCUGCUUAAACAAAUAAAGCCCGGGUAAAACCCUUAAGGAGGGCAGGGUUACCUCUGUUAUGUCUCACAUGAUGAAUUCAGUUGAAAGUACUUUUCUAUACAACAGCAGUCAUGUUAUACUCUUCUCUCUGCUGAAAACACUUUCUCUGUUAAACACGUUCCCUCUCUGAUUAUUUCCAGUUGCUUCGACUUUGCUGUUUUCUUAUUUUAAAUUCUUUCCCUGUGAAGCUGCAGUUAAUAAAGAGGUGAAGUCCCUCCCCUCCUGGUGUCCCCCAUGGGACCUUAUUACAGAGACAAAUAACUUUUUGAUUCUGCUUUAAUUGUGCCAUGAAUUACACAUAUAAUGACGAAAUUUUGCAAGUCAAGAAAGUUGCAGUUUGUCGUAGCGUUGUUUAGUUUUGUCUGAAACUGCUCAGUGAAUUACGUCUCUUGUCUCGCACGAUAUACAGUACGUCACCAACAGCAGCUAACUAACUAACUAGGUAACUUAGUUCCUUGCACAAAUGUAACGUUAUCUUAGCUGACUCCAAUGGCUUUUUGGCCCAUAGAUGGGUGUACUGUAAACGACCAGAAAAAGAGGUGGGUAUACCUGCUAUACCUGCGUAUACCCUCCACUACACCACCAAGAACAGAAUUCACUUUCUUGUGUACGUGUAAUCAGCCAGAAAAGGAACGAGCGAGAGCCAUCACUCAUGUAGGUACGUCCUCAUACGAAACACACAGGAGUCGCAGCCUCAUAGCCGCACAACUUUCGCAGUCUUUUACUACAAAAAGCAAAUCUUUUGCACACCUGAGGUUCGACAGGUGCGUAGGAGAAGACGAUGGACUGACUGUCACAGAACAAAGAACUCCCACAUACCGUGCUACACGAGCAGCGUAGAAAUUUGUUGGUAACAAGACCAAUGUUCCAGUUGUCUUUGUUCCCAAUGAAUUUCCUUUGCGGAAAAAAUUAUACUUGAACAGUUUUAUGACAAACAAAUGAACAAACAUAAUGUGUGUGAUUCAUGGCAAAAAUCAAGCAGGAUCAAAAAAUGAUUUGUCUCUUGCUUUUUUCCAAAAUAAGGUCCCAUGGUGGUCCACUGACGACUUCGCCUCUCUUAGACGCUCAACACUUCCCGCUCUAAUGUUUCGCAUUAAGAGCCUUCCAAGGGUACAAAUCCCUCCCUUAGCUGGACGGCUUUAAAUGUGAAACAUGUUUUGGUCUCAGAAGAAGAAAAGGUGGUUUAUGAUUUAAAUGAGGCAUUUUUAAAUUCAAAGUUUGUUUAGGUCAGUCAGCUGAACAAAUGCAUCUUCACCUGCAGCUCAUCUGUCAGCUGUGUCAUGUGACUGGCUGCAGGUUCUGAAAUUUCAGUUUACUUACAUGCAGGCCUGCUGUCAGAGGGGUCAAAGGGUACAGAUCACUCCUACCGAAAAGCCAGCGGGGGCCAUGAAAAGGUCUAUGUACGGCAGGAGUGAGUGAGAAUGAGGGGCUCAAUUUGAUAAAUGUUGUCCCCCGUCAAUAAUUCCUAAUGGCAGGCCUGCUUACAUGCAGGUGUGUUACACUGAUGUAUGUCACACCCAGAGGUUUACUACACAGUGUCUUAAAAUGACUUCUUUUUUUAGCAGUUUUGAUAAUUAAUUAAUCAUUAACAUCACUCAUCAAUUAAAACUCAAAUCAUUCUCUGGUUGCAGCUUCUCUGAUGUGAGGAUUUGCUGUUUUUCUUUUUGUUUUUAUAUUUUUAUCUUUGACUUUUAAACUUUGGUUUGGGCAAAACAGGACAUUGGAAUUUUGAUUUUUUUUGGUUAUUAAUAAGUUAAUAAGGAGACUUUAUUUUUUUUGAAUAAAGAACACUUGUAUCACACAACAACAGGAAGUCUUCCUUUAAUUAAAUUUAAAGACUUCACAUGAAAGAUCAGAAAUUACAUUUUGACUCAGCAAGAAUUUAAACGUGGGGCUGCAGCUUAUGAUAAUUAUCUCUAAUAAAGCUGAUAUGUUGAUAUUUUCUCAGCUAACAAUCGGUCUUAAAACUGAAAAAAGUCAGAAAGUAGUGAAAAAUAUCCGUCCCAAGUUGAUGCCAUCAAUUACUUCCUUUUGUCUAACGAAUAUUUUUAACCCCAAAAUGACACAGAGAAAAGCUGCAAGUCCUGACGUUCAUCACUGCAUUACUGCUGUUACACUCAUAAAUAUUACACCAGGAAGUUUACUACACAGUGUGACAGUGCUGAAAACAUUUUCUGAACAUGUUUCAACCACAUCUGAAGAAAAAAGCAAGGGUUCUUGGGACUUAAUGAGAACUGCUUUUACAGUAUUUGCAGAUAAAGUCAUUAACUUACAUCGUGUCUUCAGGGAAUUGUGUAAACUUCAUUAUAUGACUCUGUAUUGUACUUAGCAGCUAAGCCUUACGGUCACUUAAUGUUAUGGUAUGAUGUUUUUUAUGUGGUGGUAAAAGACUGUUUGUAUUCUAUAUGAAUGUUCAGAAACAUUUAUUGUAAAUCACAAA